AUGCGCGACUUUAAUCCGUACGGCAUCGGAUACCGAAUCAAUGAGGACGGUUUAGUGCAACCAACUGGCCGCGGACUCUUGCGGGAGGAAUUCAUCCCUCACUUGGUCACCUAUGAUUGGAAAACAAUUCCAGUUGACAUCAGAGACUUCUAUUGCGGAUAUAAUGGGCUUCCCUGGGUGAAUAUACGUAUACGUGGGACAGGCAAGAGUGAGGACCGGGACGAAGAAGACAGCAACGGCGAUAUGGGGUCGACACCGUCAAAGCCACCUGGCACAAGUCGUCGCGUCUCUGGAAAGACGGCGAGAAAAGCCAGCGGCAAAGGUCCGGCGGCAGCGGACAAAGUGGCACCCACCUCGCUGGAGCAGGUCCACGGUGUUGACUCAUCUCCGGUUCUCCAGACACCAGAACCAGACUCGGGCCCGAAUGCGGAAUCAGCGCCGGUAUCUCGUUCAGAGGGCCAAGCCACUCCCUCAAGACUAGAUGGCUCAGUGCCAAAUACUCCAGAGUCUCCGGUGGAUGCCACAGCGGAGCUGCCGAGCUCUACGCAGGACUCUUUUUACAGCUUGCCCGGAGAAUAUCUCACAGAACAGGACCUCGCAACGAUCACAGACCUGGCGGCGAGUGGGCCAGCAGCCGUGCAGCUUCAGCAGGCUGUCGUUGCCAGCUCGGUUGUGUUGACCGCGGCAUCUGCCGCUGCCGCGGCGCUGGAACAGCAAAGGCUGCCUGCAUACAAAUCGGAAACGGCUAUCAGGACCAAACCAGAUCCUGUCAUGGAAACUCUGGCUUGA